AUGGCAAAUGUACCGGUCCCGUCGAACGAUUUUCUGACCAUAGGCUACGUCGCCAUGAGCGUCCCCGGCCACGCCUUCACGCUCUUCAACAUCUACAUCCAAACUACAGACUGUCGCCAGAUGCGCAUGCACUUCUGUCCGAGAGAUCAAAGUUACCGUUAUGUGACGGCGAACGGCAAACUCACGGACCGCGCUGUGUGUUACAGACCGAACAUUAGGCGCGGGACGGUCGUGCCGCAGACGAUAUGGCAGCCGGCGCAGGCGGGCGAUGUGCAAAGACACGUCGCGGGCUUGCUGUGGCCGAUAUUCUUUGUGAGGGCGAACGACGUACUAGGUGCCACCGUGGCACAGGUCUCGACAGCCAAUAGUGCGCCCAGCGAUCUCUUAGAUUUCGGGAAUAUCGCACCUCUUGGUGGUCUGUCUACUACGACGCUCUGUCUGAAAUGGCCCGGGUACCCUGAGCAUAAGAAGCAAGUGGAGACCAGGAACACGACGGGCUUCAUCACAGUAGCCAAGCUCCUUGAGCGUAUAGCUAAGUUCAUGGAGAAAUUCAUCCAGGAUGCACGCAACCAUCGUAACGACACUAACUGGCGAGUCGGUCCGGGAGGGAUGAUCAAUGAGCAUAAUAUUCGUAUCGUAGGGCUCAUGCACGUCUCGAGAGGAGUGUGGCAACCGAUUCUACAGCUCGAUGGCCUGACCUUCACCUAA